GCGCUACACUACUUGUCUUCUGCUCAAAAGCAGUAUUUGUUGCAGGCCGUGACUGCACUACUUUUCAUCUCGCCGAGGUCCUACGUGUUUUUUUUCCCCCUCUUUCUGUUAUCUCUUUAAAAGUUCGAGCACUUGAAUUGUGAGAAAAAUUCCCAAAAAAGUUUUGACGGGAAAGUGGAAGUGUCUUUUGUUUUUUGUUUUGUUUUGUUUUGUUUUACAAAGAAAAAAAAAAAUGCCGCAGCUCAAUAGCGGAGGGGGGGAUGAUCUCGGAGCCAACGACGAAAUGAUUGCCUUCAAAGAUGAAGGAGAACAAGACGAAAAAAUCCAAGAGAACGCGUUUACCGAGCGGGACCUGGCCGAUCUGAAAUCCUCACUGGUGAAUGAAUCGGAGAUCAGUCAAAACUCGCACCCGCCGGUGGUUAGAACAGGACAGCAGGAGGAGCAGAGAGUGUACGAAGAAAAACACAGGGAUCACCUCGAACAUCUUGAAGACGUAAUAAAGCCUCAAGAUGGGGGGAUGUACAAAGCCUCAUCAUAUUCUGCAUACCCGUUCCUGAUGUUGCCGGAUCCCUAUCAUCCAAAUGGACAAGUGUCACCAUCAGCUAACAAAGUGGCAGUUGUUCAGCAGCCUCAUGGGAUGCACCCACUUACAACCCUUCUACCAUACAGCAAUGAACACUUCAACCCCAGCCCUUCGCAUCUGGCAUCAGACAUGAGUCAAAAACCAGGUGUUCACAGACAUCAGCCCCAUGAUCUCCCAAGCUUCUAUUCCCUGCCUUCAGGAGGAGUCGGACAAAUUACCUCAUCCAUGGGUUGGCAAAGUCAGCCUGUCUAUCCACUCUCCUCGUGUGGCUUCAGGCAGCCCUACACCUCCAGUCUCGCCAGCAACUCCUCCUAUUCAAGGUUCUCUCACUCUCUGAUUAUGGGGCCAUCUGGAAUGCACCCUACAGGAAUCCCACACCCUGCUAUAGUGCCCUCUUCAGGCAGGCAAGAGCAUGACCAGUUUGACAUUAAACCACAUCCAGAGUCAAAGCGGGAGAGAGAACCUAAGAAGCCAGUCAUUAAGAAGCCUCUGAAUGCUUUUAUGCUCUACAUGAAGGAGAUGAGGGCAAAAGUCAUUGCAGAAUGCACCUUGAAGGAGAGUGCAGCUAUCAACCAGAUACUGGGCCGUAGGUGGCAUGCUCUGACUCGCGAGGAACAGGCUAAAUACUAUGAGCUUGCUAGGAAAGAGCGGCAGCUUCACAUGCAACUCUACCCCAGCUGGUCUGCCCGAGACAACUAUGGCAAAAAGAAGAGAAGAAAAAGAGACAAGCAACAAGAUUCUACCACAGACCCUGGCUUCCAUAAGAAAUGCCGAGCUCGUUUCGGCCUCAAUCAACAAAUGGACUGGUGUGACCCCUGCAGGAGAAAAAAGAAGUGCAUUCGCUACCUUCAAAGAGGACAGUGCGGCAGCCCCAAUUCUUCCGAUGGAAGUGCUGUAGAAUCUCUCUCCUCUCCUAUUCAUUACUUCACACAUAAAUCCUCUCCUCUAAACUGCCCCAAUGCUUUUCCCAAUGCCAGCAAUAUCCAUGCGCAAACCGGACAACACCCUUACUCUCAUUGCUCAGUCCUCGCAAACUCCCAAUUUUCUUCAGCAGAGCAAAAACAGAUAACUCCUUCAACACUUCUGUAGUUCAUAUCAUUCAACAAUGAGACCCAGAAACUCUUGUGCCUUCAGUGUUUCCAACAGACACUAUAAAAAUUUAAAUGAAGACACCAGCUGCGGUGUGUAUCACAUUGCUAGCAACUUAAUUGUAGAAAUUUAAAAAUGUCUUCACAUGAUGGUAUUCUAUACCUAAAGUUAAAAUGUUUUUGUCAUUUUUCUUAAUCGUUUUUUUGCAUUUAUUUACAAACUGCUCUACUUAGAGCUCUAAGUGCUUUGUCUGGUGUCUUUCAACCAGACAUCACAAUGUCAAGUACAUUUUAAGUAACAGUAAUGAAAAUGGUUCAUUAUGCUGUAUUGAUUUUGAAUAUGUUCAACAAUAGAAUAGAAAUGUGCAGAAGUUCUCAAGUUACAUUGUAGAGUUUAUGUUGAAUUAAUGCAGCUCCUCAAAUUACUGUGCUUGUUUACUUCAUAUACAUCACAGAUCUUUAUUUCAUCUAAGUAAAAAAAAAGCUUUUUGUUUUCUUUUUGCUAUUUUUUUAAGUGGUGAUUUAUUGUUUUCUAUGGUGACGUAUACAUGUUUAAUAUAUUAAACAUUUUGGAAAUCGUUGAAUUGAAUUUAUGUUCUUCAUGGCAAUGUUAAAAGGAACACGCCAGUGGUUACACUCUAUCCACAAAUUAUGUGAACUUGAAAUUGUUAAUGCCACUGAGAGAAUUACUGAAUUUCUUGUACAUAAACGUAUUGAUUUUCCAAACAGCUGUGCACUGACCUCUAUUAUAAGUGUGUUGAACUGGGUUUUCCAUUCUUUUCUCAGUACCUUUUGGUGCCUUCAGAAAGUAUUUACACCCCUUCAUUUU